AAAGCGGUCUUGCUUAUUGACAUAUUUUCCUCAGUAAUUCAAUAUAAGAGUAAUUUCAUUUUUAUUGCCUUUGAAUCGGAAUAACUGCCAAUUUUUUCUUCCCAUUUUGUUGCCCUUUUUGAAACAGAAACAAAUAAAAAUCAAGUCCAAAAGCUUUUGCAAUAGCGUCAACAUUCAUUAGCCGCAAUUACCCGAAAUACACCAACUGCUCGAAAACGAUUCUUACUUGCCGUUUAUUUUCUUGGUAUGAUAUCAUUUCAUCAAUUUUUACACGGAUACUUUCAUUUUCAAUACACUUUUGGUCAAAUGAAUUAGAAGCUUAACGAAAAAAUAGCAACUUUUUUUCUAAUAUUAUAUUGAAAUUGAUCUGGAACAUUUUGGCUGCGUACUCUUUCAUCCAUGUAUACUUUUCGUUUUCGACCUAAAACCUAAAAAGUAGAUCUUGUUACCAAUUUGAUUAAAUUUAACGAGUGGUGAAGCUUUAAAAGAUUACGCUUGUUAUCUGAGAUGAGAUUAAGGGACCAUAAAUGAACCAAAUCGUUCCUUUGUAACCGUUUUAAUUUACCUGCGAAAACGGCGCAACAUUUUAUAUUAGCGGGUAAAAAUGGCCAGUCACAAAAUCAUUAAUGAGAUAUUUCGAAAUGGGUAGCAAGUAUAGAACUCAACCCAAGUUUGAAGUAUAAACUGGCCAUUUUCUGAGUUUGAAAUAAAAGGAUCCUUUUACUUUGUAAUAGAGCCCCUGAUUUUAUAUUUAACAGCUAUCUGCAGCGCUAUCAAAGUUACUUUACGCCCUUCUUACCCCCGAACAAUUAGAGCAACUACCCGUCAAAUUCAGCCUAUCCAAAUUAUACCAAAAAAACUCAAUAACUAUUUCACACUCCCUGGUCAUGAUUAAAAGCCUUUUCAUCAGACCGUGAAAAAUGUCGAUCGCUCUAACGCAAAAUCAGCUCGAGGGCGAGACUUUUUUGUCCGUUGAAGAGGGUGAAAAACAUGACAAAAUUUCAAUUGUAGGCAGUUACACUGAGUUAUCUCUCAAUUCUUCACCACCGUCACCAUCGUUAUUAUCAUCAUCUUCAUCUCCGUUGCUGAUUACUGAAACUUUAGAAGUUGUCGAGACUACAAUUGAAGUUUCCGUUUAUGGCGUUGUUGUGUUUCUUACCUUAUUAGGCAAUGUGUUGGUUCUGUUCACAAUUUACAGAAGGUGUUCUCUGCAUAACAUGAGCAUGUAUUUGGUGGCAUCGUUGUCAAUUAGUGACUUGAUGGUCGGAGCUUUCGUGAUGCCUGUCAAAGUCUUCAUGCUUGUUAUUGGUCCAUCCGACCUGCCCUACGUGCUGUGUUUGACGUGGCUCUUCGCCGACAUCUUCUUCUGCACUGCCUCCAUCAUGACCCUGUGCAUGAUCGGUCUAGACAGGUACUGGAUCAUGAUGGGCAAAGUGGCCUACAUAUACCACUCGAACCCACAGAAGGCCUUCUUCAUGAUUGCGCCAGUUUAUCUAUCUUCACUUCUAAUCGCUCUGCCAUCAGUGAUUUUCACACUCAUGGAAGCAGACACUAGGCAGUCAGGCACCUGUAAAAUCAGCCAGAAUCUCUUAUUCACACUUUACUCCACAAUCGGCGCAUUCUACCUGCCCUUCGUGGUUCUGCUCAUCAUCUACGUGAAGAUCUACAAAUCUGCCAAAGUGAGGUGGAGAAGAAACUACAGCAGACCACAGAAUCAAUUGUUCAACACCAAAUCAGCAGGUGCGUUGUCGAACAAUAACCACUCUAAAGUCUCUAUCUUACUUUAUGCCAUCGUCUCUUUACUUAAGACGGGGUUGCAAGCAGACGAGGAUAGUUUAGCCGAAAAAUAA